AUGGUGGAUCUUGGGUCUCUUCGUUAUGAUUCUCGUGGUCACCAACUCUUUAUCAAUCGGAAUCCUUCAUCAUCAGAAAUAAAUUCUCCUUCACCACCACCAGAUCCACCACAUCCUCCUCAACUAGAAUCUCCCUCGGCUCCAUCACCAUCUCCACCAUCUUAUUAUCCAGCUCUUGAACCAGCACUUGUUCCUACUCCAUCCGACGACGACUCCAACGACGACAACUCCAACGAUAAUGUAUCCAAACCAAAAAUAAAGUAUUUUCAUUCUCUAACGCUCUCUAUAGUGCCAGAAUUGGGAGAACCGGAAGAAAACAAAGAGAAGGAGACGAAUUGCAAGCAUUAA